CCCGCCGCCCGCCUGCUCGCCCGGACCCAGAGCAAAGGAAAAAAGAUGUCCAAGUCCGACGUCAGCUUCCUGCGCGAGGCUUCGCGACAGAUCGCGGCCGGAGGCUCUGCAGGUCUUGUAGAAAUUUGCCUGAUGCACCCCCUGGAUGUGGUGAAAACCAGGUUCCAGAUUCAGAGAAGUUUGGUGGAUCCUAACAGUUACAAAAGCUUGGGAGACAGCUUUCGAAUGAUUUUCCAAAAAGAGGGGUUUCUUGGCUUUUACAAGGGAAUUCUGCCACCCAUUUUAGCUGAAACACCAAAAAGAGCAGUGAAGUUUUUCACCUUUGAGCAGUAUAAGAAAUUGCUGGGAUAUGUGUCACUGUCACCAGCACUGACUUUUGCCAUUGCUGGAUUGGGAUCCGGAGUCACAGAAGCAAUCGUGGUUAACCCUUUUGAAGUAGUAAAAGUUGGCUUGCAAGCCAAUCGGAAUACAUUCAAAGAGCAACCAUCCACUUGGGGUUAUGCAAGACACAUCAUUAAGAAGGAAGGCUUGGGAUUCCAGGGCCUCAACAAAGGAUUUACAGCAACACUGGGACGUCAUGGAGUUUUCAACAUGGUCUAUUUUGGCUUCUACUACAACGUCAAAAACAUUAUUCCUGUCAAUAAGGAUCCAACCUUCGAGUUUUUGAGAAAAUUUGGGAUUGGUCUUCUCUCGGGGACAAUAGCCUCAGUCAUUAACAUCCCUUUUGAUGUUGCCAAAAGUAGGAUUCAAGGGCCUCAGCCAGUUCCUGGAGAGAUCAAGUACAGAACCUGUUUUAAAACAAUGGCAACAGUCUAUCAGGAAGAAGGGUUUUUUGCUUUAUACAAAGGCUUACUUCCCAAGAUUAUGAGACUUGGACCAGGUGGUGCAGUGAUGUUGCUGGUGUAUGAAUAUACCUAUACAUGGCUGCAGGAAAACUGGUGAUGGCCAAAGAAGUGUUUUCCCCUUGGCAUGAUGGCGAUUUGCCCCAUGAAGAGGAGAGAAACUAUUGGUCAACUAAGCUGAGCUUACAGUUAUGAGGGGGGAAACUGCUUCCUCAAAAACAAAACCCGUUUUGAUACUUUAGAAAUUACCUUUACAUAACUUGACAUGAUCUUUUGGGCCAUGCACAUAAAAUUGUGAAAAGAAAAAUAAUAUGAGGUCUUGAGGCAUAUAAGUUGAAUAUAAGUAAAAUAGAAAUCAGACUAUUUCAUAAAAGGUGCACACACUUUGUAACUUAUGUUCCCUUUAUACUGCUUCAUGAUGAAAAUCAUCAUAAUGAUAAUUUCUUCAAAGAUGUCUACAGUUGCCUAAGUUCCUGAACAUAAAUUAUUCUGUGGCUAAUUCCUUGAGAAUUAUUCAAAGAAAGAUUGAGUUUAAAAAAAAGAUAAGCCAAAAUUUAAAUUUUUAAUAAGGAAUUUUUUUCCAUUAAUUUUUAAAAGGCAGACAGGAAAUGUUUUUAAAGUACAUUGAAAUGAGAGCAGGAAUUAGAGAGACUAAAAAGGGGCCAUGAGAUGUGAACAAAGGAAGCUUUAAGGCACUAGGUAAGAUAAUAUACACAGCAGAUCUCUUCCUAAAUCUCCUUUAUAUUUCACCUGGUUACUUAAAUGUUGUGUUAAUAAAUAUUUUAAAAUCACAAUAUCUGGUCUUUCAUUACAAAUAGGAUAUGUAUUCUAUUAAAUGGCUUUCUUUUACAUGGUUCACUUGGAAAAC